UGAGAAAUGGGAUGUGGAAAUAAUAUCGGUAGAAUGUUUCUUUCUUUCAUUCUCUUCAACCAACUCCGAUCUCUUUUAUGUCCAAAAACCCACUACGUAAACCAAAUCUCUCUUCACCUGCGACUGCUCUACACCAAACUCUCAAGCUCGGGUUAUCUUCAGACUCUUCCCGGUAGGUUUUCUCAAUUUCUUUACCACCCAAAUAGGUUCUCUCUGUGAACGUAGCCGAUAUAUAUAUAUAUUGAUGGCCAGUACAUCCAUGAUUUUUGCUCUUCUUUGGUUUUAACAUCUGGAUAUGUUUUUCUUGAGAUUUGAGUUAUGCCCAUUUGGUUUUUUUUUCAUCAUUGCUCUAAUGGGUUCUGAUCAGAAGAUGGUUCUGAGCCACCAUUGAUAAGUUCAUAUUAGCUUUGCUAUUUUGAUUGGACAAGAUGCUUUUACCGGACAUUGUUGUGUUUGGGAUUCAUACUGAUCCGGUUUGCUAUGUGAGAUCUUGGAAUUGACUGUAAUGAUUUUAAUGUGAUAGCAAGUUACAUGGUAGUUAUGAAGCUUUUUUUGAGUAUAAAGGUAUUGUUACUGUGGAUCUUGAUUCAAUAAUUAUCUGGAUAAGGGGAUCAGAUAUUAUGAACAUUGGUGGUAUGGAUGAUGGAGACAAUGAGCAAUUCAGGUAGGACUACGUCGUUCAGCCCGACUACAUCAUUCAAUAGGAGCACAUCAUUCAAUAGAAGUACAUCAUUCAAAUCAAGAACCCCGACUGUAGCAAGCCCAACCGUCAGUCAAUCUAGCUGGGUGUCGCGGGUUACUCCAUUUAGCUGGGUCUCGCGUUGGUUUCACACACUCAUAGUGAUUUUCACAUUCAUUUCGUUUCUCAUUGCCGUUUAUGGGGGUUAUCUAUAUGUGAUGCCAAGUCUCAACCUGACUUUUCAUGGUUAUGGUGUUUUGGAACCUGCUCAGUCGAUAAGCAGUUGCAAUAUGUUUGAUGGAAGUUGGGUUGUUGAUGAUAAUUACCCAUUGUACAAUGCUACAGAGUGUCCCUUUGUGGAGCAGGGGUUCAAUUGUUUGGCUAAUGGUCGAAGAGAUAAGGAUUAUCUGAAAUAUAGGUGGAAACCCAAUAAUUGUGAUAUACCAAGAUUUAAUGUGCAGAGUAUAUUGGACAAGCUUAGAGGAAAAAGAGUUGUUUUUGUGGGGGAUUCUAUGAGUAGAACACAGUGGGAGUCACUAAUUUGCUUGCUCAUGACUGGGGUGGAGGAUAAGAAGAGUGUCUACGAAGUCAACGGGAAUAAGAUUACCAAACAGAUCAGAUAUCUGGGUGCUCGCUUCAGUUCCUUCAAUUUUACUGUCGAGUUCUUUCGAUCAGUUUUCCUGGUUCAACAGCGUUGGAUGCCUAGACAUGCUCCAAAGAGGGUCAAGUCUAUACUAAAGUUGGACAAGUUAGAUGACAUUAGCAAUCAGUGGAUUAAUUCAGAUGUUCUGAUAUUCAACACGGGACAGUGGUGGGUUCCAGGAAAACUCUUUGACACGGGUUGCUAUUUCCAGGUUGGAAACUCACUAAAGCUUGGAAUGUCAAUUCCUACUGCCUUUAGAACAGCACUGGAUACUUGGGCAGCUUGGGUUGAGGAAAAGAUCGCCACUAACAGAACUCAUGUCUUUUUUCGGACUUUUGAGCCCUCUCACUGGAGUGAUCCAACUCGUAGAUUUUGCAAUGUGACCGAUCACCCCAUGUUAGACACCAGCGGUAGGGACAGAAGCAUAUUUUCAGACACUGUACAUGAGGUGGUCAAGAAUAUGACAGUUCCUGUAGCCGUUCUUCAUGUGACUUCCAUGUCAUCUUUCCGAAGUGAUGCACAUGUCGGUAACUGGAGUGAUAAACCAUCUGUUCCUGAUUGUAGCCACUGGUGUCUUCCAGGAUUACCUGAUGUAUGGAAUGAAAUCAUCCUCUUUUACCUGUUUAAUGACAAAGGGCUUUCUUUUCUAGAGGGAUUCGAGCCUUGGCAUUCUGGUGGAUAGGGUGAGGUUGGAAUAAAACCUAGGUUCACAGCUUAAUAACAAAGAUGAUGAAAAAAUGGAGUCUUUCUGAAGCUGAAACUUUUAGUUUUUUUCAUCUGAACGUACAGGACUUACCAUACUUCUACAUUCGUCUCAUCCUCUAAAGACAGUGUCACUGGGUUCUUUAAACAAUAUGGAGAGAAUUACACCUACUCAACAGUUUUGUAGCAAGAUCUCACACUAGUGUUUUUCUAUUUUUUUAUAUUUUGUAUGAAUUUCAUUCUUUCUGGGUUCUUUUGUAUUUUUUGAGGGACUAAACUUGGUCUCUGAGAUGUAACAGUUUUGAUUGUUGUGAUUCAAAUACGAUCUGUUCUCCACAGAAGUGUAGGGGAAAUAUGCAAUGAAAUCAAAGAUUUCGUCA